CUGCCUUGGUGCAGAGUGCGAGCGAAAUGCUUCAGAGCGGGGCUGAUUCACCUGCAUCUGGAUGUGAUGGACGGACAUUUUGUUCCUAACAUUACAUUUGGACAUCCGGUGGUGGAAUGUCUACGGAAACAGCUGGGAAGUGAUCCAUUUUUUGAUAUGCACAUGAUGGUUGCCAAGCCAGAGCAGUGGGUGAAACCUAUGGCAGUUGCUGGUGCCAAUCAGUACACAUUUCACCUAGAGGCCACAGAUAAUCCUGGAUCCCUUAUUAAAGAAAUUCGGGAAAAUGGUAUGAAGGUGGGUUUGGGUAUUAAACCAAAUACUACAGUGGAAUUAUUGGCCCCGUGGGCUAGUCAGAUUGAUAUGGCUCUGGUUAUGACAGUGGAGCCAGGCUUUGGGGGACAGAAGUUCAUGGAGGACAUGAUGCCAAAGGUGCAGUGGCUUAGGUCACAGUUUCCUUCUCUGGAUAUUGAAGUGGAUGGUGGUGUAGGACCUGAUAACAUUCACAGAUGUGCUGAGGCUGGUGCAAACAUGAUUGUGUCUGGUAGUGCUAUAAUGAAAAGCGAGGACCCUCGUUCUGUGAUUAACCUUCUACGGAAUGCAUGCUGUGAAGCUGCUCAGAAGCGUUCCUUAGACCGGUGAAGCUUGAAGAGAGUGGGAGCAGGACAUUCCAGCUUUCAUAGCAUAAUAUUGGCAUUGAAGAAUCUUUCCAGAUACUAAGAGCAGGCCCGGGACAGAGCAGGAAGUUUUAUAUAUGGACCUCCUGAAACAAUGUCUAACCUUUCUUGUAUAGACUGUUAAUGAGGAAAGACUUUAAAUGAGCAUAUUACAAACAUUUCCCCCCUGCAUUUUAUUAUAUCUGGUAAUAAUACAACUUGGAAACCUUGACAUAUCUAUUUUCAUGGAAAGAAAUAAACUUUCCAAAAUGUACAGAAA